CAUAUGUGAAUACACAUCCAGAUAGUGUUUGUGCAAAAUUUAAGGAAAAAUUUUCAUUUCUUGUGCACGGGUUGUACGUUCCGUACGCUCAAUCAGUCUUGUGAUACCAUUUUGCUUCGCUCGGUGUUUGGCAUAGCAUUUUCUUGUUUCGAUACCUGCGACACCUGAGGAAAGCGAAGUGAGAAGAACUAAGGAUGUCCAAUCUGAAAAAGAUCGCCGAUGAGGACCGCGAGUCCAAAUUCGGAUAUGUGUACGCCGUAUCCGGUCCUGUCGUUACUGCCGAAAGAAUGGCCGGAUCGGCUAUGUACGAGUUGGUCCGUGUCGGUUACUACGAACUCGUAGGCGAAAUUAUUAGAUUGGAAGGCGACAUGGCUACCAUUCAGGUGUACGAGGAAACUUCCGGUGUUACCGUCGGAGAUCCUGUCCUGCGUACUGGCAAACCACUUUCGGUCGAGCUUGGUCCUGGUAUUAUGGGCAGCAUCUUCGACGGUAUUCAGCGUCCGCUGAAGGAUAUUAACGAAUUGACCAGUUCAAUUUACAUCCCGAAAGGUGUAAAUAUUCCGUGUUUGUCGCGUACCGCAAGCUGGGGCUUCAAUCCACUGGGCGUCAAAGUCGGUUCUCACAUCACCGGUGGAGAUAUUUAUGGUCUCGUGCACGAGAAUACUCUUGUCAAGCAUAAGCUUCUGGUACCGCCGCGUGCCAAAGGAACAGUGCGUUAUAUUGCACCACCAGGCAAUUACAGCGUGGACGAUAUUGUGCUGGAGACUGAGUUCGAUGGUGAAAUCAACAAAUACAGCAUGUUGCAGGUGUGGCCCGUACGUCAGCCGCGUCCCGUGACAGAGAAAUUGCCUGCCAAUCAUCCUCUGUUGACCGGUCAACGUGUGUUGGAUUCGCUAUUCCCUUGCGUUCAAGGCGGUACCACUGCCAUUCCUGGUGCUUUCGGUUGCGGUAAGACUGUCAUCUCCCAAGCUCUUUCCAAGUAUUCCAACUCCGAUGUUAUCGUAUACGUCGGUUGUGGAGAGCGUGGUAAUGAAAUGUCUGAAGUAUUGCGUGAUUUCCCUGAGCUAUCCGUUGAAAUCGAUGGCGUCACUGAGUCUAUCAUGAAGCGCACUGCGCUGGUCGCCAACACUUCCAACAUGCCGGUCGCUGCUCGUGAAGCUUCUAUCUACACUGGUAUCACUUUGUCCGAGUACUUCCGUGAUAUGGGUUACAACGUGUCUAUGAUGGCUGACUCGACUUCACGUUGGGCCGAAGCUCUGAGAGAAAUUUCUGGUCGUCUUGCUGAAAUGCCUGCCGAUUCCGGUUAUCCUGCAUAUCUCGGUGCUCGUCUGGCUUCCUUCUACGAGCGAGCUGGUCGCGUAAAGUGUCUCGGUAACCCAGAGCGUGAGGGUUCUGUUUCAAUUGUCGGUGCCGUAUCGCCUCCAGGUGGUGAUUUCUCCGAUCCUGUCACUUCCGCUACCCUUGGUAUCGUACAAGUUUUCUGGGGUUUGGAUAAAAAACUUGCCCAGCGAAAGCAUUUCCCAUCGAUCAAUUGGUUGAUUUCUUACAGUAAGUACAUGCGUGCUCUGGAUGACUUCUAUGACAAAAAUUUCCCAGAAUUCGUUCCACUGCGAACCAAGGUGAAGGAGAUCUUACAGGAGGAGGAAGAUUUGUCCGAAAUCGUGCAACUGGUCGGCAAGGCCUCACUGGCGGAAACCGACAAAAUCACCCUGGAAGUGGCCAAAUUGCUCAAGGAUGAUUUCCUGCAGCAAAAUUCUUACUCAGCGUACGAUCGAUUCUGCCCGUUCUACAAAACGGUCGGUAUGUUGCGAAACAUUAUCGGAUUCUAUGAUAUGGCUCGUCAUGCGGUCGAAACUACUGCCCAGUCGGAGAAUAAGAUCACCUGGAACGUGAUCCGUGACUCGAUGGGUAACAUUCUGUACCAACUAUCGUCGAUGAAGUUCAGGGAUCCGGUGAAGGAUGGCGAAGCGAAGAUCAAGGCCGAUUUCGAUCAGCUGUACGAGGACCUCCAGCAAGCGUUCCGUAAUUUGGAAGAUUAAAUCUUUCCCAUUUAUCCAGAAUGUAAUAUUCCCUGAAACAGUUUUAUUGUUUUCAUUGUAAACAAAUGUGUAAAUUUAGUGCAAAACAAAACGAAAAACAAUAACAACAAAACCAGUAGAGGACGGCAAUGAUGGCGGUAGAGGUACUAUUCUACAAGAGUAUUUAGGUUUAAAACCAUGUCCACGUGUAAGUUGAAAACGAAAAGAUGACUUCAAAUCAUAGGCCCAAUAACAGGAACGGUGAAACACAUGUGCGGCGAGAACAACGUGGCAGAACAGACAUAUAUCUAGAUAAGGCAGUAAAUAAGGUCACACCGGCAAAGCAACCAAUCGGAAAUGUCUUCAGAUUUCCUCGUGCACAUGAUGGUAGUGAACAUCACGCGAGAAAAACGGUCAAAGGGGAUUUAGAGCAGUAAAAAAUUACUCAGCGGAAGUAAAAUGUGACGUCGCAAAACGCAUUACAAAUAGAUGCAAAUAAUUAUCGGUACUUCGGCAUAUGGGAUAGAAGAAAUUUUCGAUUGAGCUAGAGAGUAUGUAAAUGUCUAAAGAACACAUUAUUAUGUAGAACAGCAGAAUAAUCAUAUGAAUUGAAAAAUGUACUAUGUUUAAGUGAAUCAUGUUGUUAAAUCAGUUUUUAUUAUUUAGUUGAUAGAUUUUUGUCUUUUAACUACGUAGUCGUUUUUCUGUAAGCGGAUCAGGAUCGAAGAUCGCUCAUUGUGUUUUAAAAUAUUGUUUGCAUAGAGAUUAUUCUCUGUGAAAUUUCACAGUUACGCACACACUGGUGUCGUUUUGUACAUUUCUGUAACUUGAAGUUAUAAGUAGUUGAUCAAAUCAUUAUGCGAAUAAAAUCUUGCGAGAAUUGCAUUCCGAGUCACCAUAA